AUGUCAUUGAAAGUAGUGACUAUCAUUGGAAGUUACAGGGAGAAUGGGAUGAGUGCCAAAUUAGCAGCUAAGUAUGUAGAAGAGCUUGAGAAAACACAUCAAAUAACGAAUAAGACAUUUAAUAUUGCACAAAAUCAAUUGAAUGGAUGUCAUGGAUGUUUGGGAUGCAAAGCACACCCGGACCAAUUCUAUUGCUCGCAAUCCGACGAGUGCUUUGAAAUAUUAAAAGAAAUGGUUGAGGCUGAUGUGGUCAUUUUUUCAUAUCCCGUCUAUUGGUAUUAUAUGCCAGCACAAGUGAAAUUGCUCCUCGACAGGACUGUAUCUUUGUUCAAUUGGUCUGAUUUUUCUCCAAAAAAAUGUUUGGAGGAAAAGUUGAAAAAACUCAAAUUUGUCUGUCUGUGUACCUGUGGGUCGGAAGGUUUUGAAAAAGCUACUGAACCUAUUAAAAUGUUAGCUGGUAUGGUUCACGCGUCUUUUGAUUCGUUCCACGUCUUCGACUCACAAAAAGAAAACGAAAAACUCACGACAGUCGCGGACUUUGCAAAGAAAUUUUAA